AUGGCAGAGUUUUAUUUUGACACAGAAGUAUUUUUGAGAAGCCCAGAAUGAACAAUUCCAUAUAUGAAUCUUAAAAAUAAUGCAGAGAAUUGUAUAAAAGCAAGAUGCAAGGAUGGAGAAUUAGAAUGUGAAAAAUCAUGCAAAAGCUCAUUGGAUACAUUAGAUGAAAUUGUUAAAAGAAAACAAGAAUUUUAUAUCAAAAAAGGAGUUGAAUACUGCAAACAUGAUUGUUGGGAUGCAAAUAAUUUAGCAGAUUGCACACAGCGAUGCAUAAAAGAAUAUAAUACUCUAUUUUCAGAUUUUAGGGAUACUUUGCUAGAUAGAUUGAAUUCGACUAAAUUAAAGGAAUAG